AAUGCCUAUCUCAGGGCGAUGGAAGACCAGUGCGUAGCUAACAACAUUGGCAUUAUUCCAAAGUAUAAUCUUGUACCUCAUUGCAAGAACAUGAACCCUAUAACCUGUAUCAUUCCUAAUCCUAUAGAAAAUGGUUUAUGGAUUUGUCCAUGUAGUGGAUUGGGUGAAAUUAGCAGUGAUGAUGUCUUGGUGUACACAAACUGUACCCAACAGUGUAAAGAUGGAUAUGAGCUUGUCGGAGAUUCCUUUGGGCAUUGUGGUGAACGUCAGCCAUAUGAUAAAAAUUCUCCCACAGAAUUUCGAUAUGGAAAUGCUCGAUGUGUCAAAAAAGAAGCUGAAGAUCAGCAUACCAGUGGAAUACUACUUCUUGUUUCAGUCAGUUGUUCUGUGACAGGAAUUGUUAUUUUAUUAGUGGUGUCAUGCUGUUGCUACAAAUGUUACAGACAGCAGAAAGACAAAACAAGCUAUCGGCGCAGCACAGCUAACAACAGAUUACAUAAUAGUGAUAUCCAGUCUGUCACUCCAUCAGAAAUACCAGGUACAGUGGUCACUACUACAACAGCCUUGACAGCCCCAGAUCCUGAUGUGUCUACAGAGGGUACAGUGGUCACUACUACAACAGCCUUGACAGCCCCAGAUCCUGAUGUGUCUACAGAGGGUGAUUAUAAUGUUAUUACACCCCUUACAGCCCCAGAUCCUGAUGUGUCUACAGAGGGUGAUUAUAAUGUUAUUACACCCUUUACAGCCCCAGAUCCUGAUGUGUCCACAGAGGGUAUCCCAGUUGUAACCAUCAGUCAUGAUGCCUACAGUACCAACACAGGAGCAACAGUUACCUUGGGAUGUACGGUGACAGCUAAACCAGCCCACACCAUUGUAUGCUGGCAACGUAAUGUUGAUUCUGAAACAGUACCUAUUACCAUUGAUGGUGUCAUCUAUACCAUGUCUACGGUUAAUUCUCCAUCUCUGACCAUUCACAAUGCUGAUACCAGUGACAGCGGAACCUACACCUGUUUUGUCACUAACUCAGUAGGAACUGGACAGAGUGCCCCCACUACACUUACAGUCACAAGAAGUGUAAACUGUGAUGCCCACCUGGAUAAUCUACCCCUGAAAGAUGAUGAGGCUUUACCAUUGUCUGCUCUCAAUGAGUUGGACAGCAAUCAGAAACCCAGAUGCUACAGAAUGGCAAUGGACAUUGUUAAGCGUGUUUUCCCAACAUUUCAUCGAGAGAGAGUUGAACGAGAAUUAACACAUUUGUGUGACAAGAAGGAUCCAGUCAUGGAAGUGUUGUUUGAAUUCCUGAAGAACUAUCCCUGCUACAUAGGUGAUGUUGUUCACUGGUGUGUACGAAACAAGUUGGAGUCCCUGGUCAAGUACUUAGUCAGUGAGGAACAUGAGAAAACGUGUGACUACUGCAGCAAUAUGAAGCGUAACUCUACUAAAAGAAACUAAAAAGACCAAUUUUGUGAUAUAUUUUAAUAUCACUGGUGUACCCCAGUAAUAUAUUUUUUUGGUACAUUUUAAUAUCACUGGUGUACCCCGGUAAUAUAAUUUGUGAUACAUUUUAAUAUUACUGGUGUACCCCGGUAAUAUAAUUUGUGAUACAUUUUAAUAUUACUGGUGUACCCCGGUUAUAUAAUUUGUGAUAUAUUUUAAUAUUACUGGUGUACCCCGGUAAUAUAUAUUUUUGUGAUAUGUUUUGAUAUCACUGGUGUACCCCAGUAAUAUAUUUUUGUGGUACAUUUUAAUAUAUCUGGUGUACCCCGGUAAUAUAUUUUGUGGUACAUUUUAAUAUCACUGGUGUACCCUGGUAAUAUAUUUUGUGGUACAUUUUAAUAUCACUGGUGUACCCUGGUAAUAUAUUUUGUGGUACAUUUUAAUAUCACUGGUUUUAUUGUAUUUUGUGAUACAUUUUAAGAUUAUUGAUGAUAGUAUGUUUAAAUUGAUUGUUAAUUGAUGUUAAGAGCACUAAUUGUGCAGUGAAUUUGAAGAUAUUUUCUUACUAAGAUUUUUCUUUUUCCAGUAAAAGUAUAUUUAUGGAAACAAUAUUAAACUGACAGAGCUAUGAUUUGGGUUGUAUGGUAGAAGGAAGUACAUCUGUUGUGAUGAUUUCUAAGAAAAACAUUUAACCUCAAUAAGUUGUAGGAACUUGUAUUGUGAUAUGUAAAUUGAUGGAAAAAAGAAACUUUUUGACUGGUUCACAUAUAAAGUGUUAUGUAAAAUACUAAUUGUUAUAUUUUGUACUAAAUCUUUAUUUACAAUGCAUUGUCUCCAUUAUGACACAGUGACUCAGACAAUCAGUCAGUAUGGAUUAAGUGGCAGUCACAAUAAUAUAACUAACCAUUAAAAUAUACAACAUUGAUCAGCCAUUGGUCAUCUCAUCAUUUUGGACAAAAGUAUACACAUUUUUAACAUAGCCGAGAGAUUUUUAUUGACAGGUAAAUUUUAUUUCCGGCUUCAUAAUUAAAUGUUAAGCACAUGCAGAUUAAUGUCUAACUCAGCUGUACAUUUCCUAUGUAACUGGCAAUUGCUAAUUUUAGAAUUUCUACUAAUUCAAACAAGCCAGAGGCAGAUAUAUAAAUUUUUUAGGGUAAUAUUACAUGUCCUUCAUCCAGUACAAAUAUUGGUACAUUGAUUUACUGCAGAAUAUAGCUGUUUCAACCCAUUACACACAAAUGGUGGUGUUGUAAGAAGUAUUUUAAAUAUCGAAACCAUGCGUGUAUACAAAAGUUGUAUCUUUGAAUUACAAGUUUCUUGUUUAAAGUUUGGAAUGGAAUGUGAUAUAUAUAUAUGUAAGUGAUGAUUGUUAUACAGGAUGUUAUGUUUUAUAGAUUGAUAAUCCAAAUGUCUUUCACUAUCUAUGCUUUACAUAGAACAUUUAACUGUUGAUAUUAGAUCUGAAUCACUGAUAUUUAGGUAUGUUAUUUUCAGAAGGGGGAUCUUAACUAGUGUUGUUUCAACUAUCUUAUGUAUUCAUUUUAUUAUAAAGUUGUAAAUAUGAAUUUUUAAUGAUGAUGAAAAUCUGUUAUCAAUUAAGGUUUGAUAAUCGAUUUCAAAAUUGUGUCAUUUCAAGACUUUGUGAAGUUAUCAGCUGUCUUCUAAAGGAAGGUUCAUGCAUGAUUUAUCAGGAUUUUCAACUGACCUCUAAAACAAGUUUAAUUUAUGAUUUAUCAAGGUUAUCAGCAGACCUAUAAAGCAAUGAAAUAGCAUAAUAUUCCGACAAUUCUAUUAUCAGCUUAUUCUGAACAUAGAAAAGUAUUUCUUGAAAUCCAUUCGUUUAUUUCUGAACAUAAAGUUUGACCAAAAAUGAGUGACUGUGAUUUCCUAGCCCAAAUAUCCCAAGGGUUAUGAUGACUUAGAAUGAUUGUACUAUAUUGUAAACCUUUGGAUUCGGGAGGAUGGUUUCAUUGCAAUAAUCUCUUCUUUUCAUCACAAUUCAUCCUCUAUUAAAUGUAUUUAAAGAAAACUAGAUGAGAUAUCUAAAAAAGAAAAAAUCACAAUCACAUUUACUGGUACAUUUAUCUGCAAUUGUCAAUUCUUAGUGUUAAAUUAGUGUUUUACUCAAUUUCACUGUUUUUCAAAUGCACGGAUAUUAGUGCCAUGAUGCAAUGAUAAUAUCUGGGGUCUAGACAACAUUUUGUUUUAGUUUUAUUUAAAAGGAGAUGAAUAGAAAUUUGAAAUAACAUGUUUGUUCAGCUGAACCAGAGCACAGCAAUCGUUUUCAGUGCAAUAUCCCACUCAUGUGUUAACUAUGAUGACUCCACAAAGCCUUCCUUACCAUGUACUACCCAGCAGGCCGGUGAUGGAGGGGGAGAUAUUACUGUAGGUGACAGAUACUGGUGAUGGAGGGGAGAUAUUACUGUAGGUGAUCAACAGUGGUGAUGUAGGGGAUAUUAACCAUUAAGGUGAUUGAUAUAGACUUGGUUUCCUGCCUGAGUACAACUUUUCUCCACUUGGCUGUUCUUGUAAUUUUGAAGCAAAGUCUAUUGGGAAGUAGAAAAUCUAUAAAACACGCAAUCCAAUGUAGUGUUCAACAAUGGUGAUGAGGGGGAAGUAACUCUAGAUGAUCAUGUUUUAUUGGUUUUUGAAUGUUGAUAUCAAAUGUAACAGUAGGAUAAUGAAAUGAAAUUUUAACAUAUACAAUGGUGCAAUAUAUAUCACUACUCCCUUGUUAUAAAUUAUAGGUUUUGUCAGUAUAUUAUUAGACAAUGAUUUGCACCUUUCAAUGACACAGAAAGGAGUAGUCUUUAUUUUUUAUCUUCCAAGGAAGUCUGUCAAAACAGGAAUGUUUUACCUUUAAUUAAGGCUUAGUAAUGAAAUUCCUUUGACAGAACCCUUCAGUAGUAAUGAUAUCACACAGGCUUGUAUCAUUUAUGUAAUGUACAAGAGAGAUUCCCAUGGGUUUCCCAGGCUUGACUCUGUGUAAGCAUCAACUUCUGUCAGUUUUGAUUUCAAGAGGGAAUUAUUUUAAUGUGAUUUCACAUCUUACGUAGAUGUUGUAGAAGCAAUGAUCCGAGAUUGUCAGCAUUUUUUAGGCUCACCUUGUUGGCCAGAAUCUACAGACUGAAGUUUUGACGAUGUUCCGUAAACUUGAAUAAGUUGCAAGUACAUUUUGUAUUAACAUUAACAAGAUCAAAUUUCAACUUGUAGAGUACAUGAAUUUAUUUAUUGAACAACGGAUAAAAAAAUAAAAAUGAACAGUUUGGAUACACUACCUGUUAACACCUUUUGUAGUACUUGAGGUAGGACAGCCACUGCUGGCUGUAUGUGUCACUGAUUAAGACAUCAAAAUCAUUCAAACUUUUUUUUCAAACCGUUAAAGAAAUAAGAAGAGAUAACAUUGAAAUAAUGUCAAGAUUAAUGAUAACCAAUUUUGAAUCAAAUGACUGAUAUUUUGUUAUCAGGACAGAUUUACCCAAAACUUAUACCUGGUACUUUAGUGUUAUCAUUGUAGUAAGCUAAAUGUCAUCUCAUUUAUUGUCUGUUAUAACUACUUAUAUACCUCCAUGAUGAUCAUAUUUGUUAUUCACAUUAUAAAUUCUGUUAUUCACAUUUGCUAAGUAUUUACAAUAAAACAUGUUUUGUAA